AUGAACCUGCAGGGCCUCUUCCAGGACUUUAACCCAAGUAAAUUCCUCAUCUACGCUUGCCUGCUGCUGUUUUCCGUGCUGCUGGCCCUUCGACUAGAUGGCAUUAUUCAGUGGAGUUAUUGGGUCGUCUUUGCUCCAGUAUGGCUGUGGAAAUUAAUGGUCAUCGUUGGCGCCUCAGUUGGAACUGGAGUCUGGGCAAGUAAGCCCCAAAAUCGAGCAGAAGGAGAAACCUGCGUGGAGUUUAAAGCCAUGUUAAUUGCCGCAGGCAUCCACGUGCUCCUGUUGAUGUUUGAGGUUCUGGUCUGUGACAGGAUUGAGAGGGGAGGCCAUUUUUGGUUUCUGGUCUUCAUGCCGCUCUUCUUCACCUCUCCGGUAUCCGUUGCAGCCAGCGUGUGGGGAUUCCAACAUGACAGGUCACUUGAGUUAGAGAUCCUGUGCUCCGUCAACAUUCUGCAGUUUAUAUUCAUUGCCUUAAGACUGGACAAGAUCAUCCACUGGCCCUGGCUAGUUGUUUGCACUCCUCUGUGGAUUUUGAUGUCCUUCUUGUGCCUGGUCGUGUUGUAUUACAUAGUCUGGUCCAUCUUGUUCUUCCGCUCUAUGGAUGUGAUUGCGGAACAAAGGAGAACACAUGUAACAAUGACUAUCAGCUGCGUGACCAUUGUCAUUCCACUGCUUACAUUUGAGAUUCUGCUAGUUCUUAAACUGGAUGGCCACAAUGCAUUCUCAUAUGUGCCUAUAUUUGUUCCACUUUGGCUUUCAUUAAUAACCCUAAUGACAACAACAUUUGGACAGAAAGGAGGCAAUCAAUGGUGGUUCGGAAUUGGUAAAGAUUUCUGUCAGUUUCUGCUUGAAAUUUUCCCUUUUCUAAGAGAAUAUGGAAAUAUUUCAUAUGAUCUACGUCAUGAAGACAGUGAGGAAACUGAAGAAACACCGGUCCGGGAACCUCAAAAAAUUGCUCCUGUGGUCCGAAAGAAGAUGACAGUAAUUACACAGAGCCCUGGAAAAUAUGUCCUGCCACCUCCAAAAUUAAAUAUAGAUAUGCCAGAUUAA